UCUCUAUAGAAGCUGAAACGAUAUUGCAGUUGCACAUCGUUUAAAAAUCAAGCAGGCAAUAAUGUUCAUCAAUUUUGUCAUGAAAUUAAGCAAUUGGUGCAAUAAACAAGCUGCAUUAUAGAUAGUGCUUCAUCCACCAAGACAAAAUGAUACACCAUGUGUCAUUUCACCAUUGUUGAUAUUAUUUCUUCUAAUAACUUUUUUCCACCAUAAAAACCCAAAGAGAAGUAGAUGCUCAGUUCAUCAUAACAAUGGAAGCCAUUACAAAUGGUCUGCCUCUUCUCGCUCUGCUGUUGCUUUUUUGUACCACAGGUGUAAAAAGAGCCAAUGGAGCUGGAGAAUGUGGUAAUGUUUCUGCUGAUACAGUGGCCUUUCAGAUGGCUCCAUGCGCUUUAGCCUCACAGGAUGCAAAUACUGUAGUUUCAGCACAGUGCUGCUCAGCAGUUCAGAAGAUCGGGCAAAACCCAAAGUGUCUGUGCGCGGUCAUGCUUUUGAAUACUGCAAAGAGUGUUGGAGUGAGUCCAGUUGUCGCCGUGACAAUCCCCACGAGAUGUGGAAUUGCAAACAGACCGGUUGGAUACAGAUGUGGAGGUGAAUUUGGAUUUUUAUUGUUUCGAUUUCAUGAACAUUCUCAUACUAUGCUUAUGCUUACAAUUGUUUUGUUGUAUUUGCAUCUAUGUUUGCAGGCUAUACUUUGCCUUGAAAGUGGAUUUUAUCUAGUUUACCAUGUAAUGAAUGUGAUGCUGUAAUUGUAAUAAAAUGAUGGAUGAUGUUUGAGAUGUUUUGUCGAUGCUCUAAUAUUUAAACAUAACUUCGAUAAAUAAGUGCAGAGCUUUCUGUGUGAGCUAUUGUAAGUUCAUCCCAGUCUAAAACUGGAAGGAGAUGACUUAUGCAUGGUGUCUGGAUAUAUCAUAGAAAAAUUAAAGUCACAACUAUAAUAAGAAAAAGACA